AUGCAGCGGAAACCUUUUCCAAUAACUCAAAUAGCUCGGAUCCCUUCAAACAAUACUCCAGUCCAUGCUGUCACAUUCUCCGCUGGAACAGGCCAAUACAUUCUUACCGGCUCCCAGGAUCGCACCGUCCGGCUUUAUAAUCCCAACACUCGACGGCAGAUUCAGGCUUAUAACGCUCACGGCUACGAAGUACUCGAUCUUGCCGUCUCGGAAGACAACGCGCGGUUCGUGUCGGUUGGUGGAGACAAGACUGUUUUCCUCUGGGAUGUUGCGACCGCGACUACUCUUCGACGUUUUAAUGGACACGCCGGACGUGUGAAUGCGUGUUCUUUUGGCGGAGAGGGAGACUCGGUGAUUGUCAGUGGGAGUUUCGAUGGGACUGUGAGGGUUUGGGAUGCAAAGUCCAGGGACUCAAGACCUGUUAUGACGUUAUCUGAAGCCAAGGAUUCGGUKAGCAGUGUUGCGGUUCGAGGCGGGGAAAUCUUCACUGGGAGUGUGGAUGGGCGGGUCAGAGUGUAUGAUCUUGCGAUGGGAGAUGUUAGUGUGGAUGUCAUUGCUCCUGGGAAAGGGUGUACGAGUGUGCAGCCUACCAAGGCGGGGGAUGGGUAUGUGGUUAGCAGUCUGGAUUCGAAAGUCAGGUUCAUGGACCGGGGGAGUGGAAAGUGUUUGCAGAGUUUUGGGGACGAGGGGUUCAAGAAUGAGGAGUAUCGGGUGAGGAGUACGCUGGCUAUGGCAGAUGCCAGUGUGAUCAGUGGGAGUGAGGACGGGAAGGUAUUUGUUUGGGAUGUCUUAACCGGGGAGAUGCUGCAUCGUCUUUGGCACAAGGACCAAGGUGCUGGAGGUGGCGCUGUGGCUAAAAGCAGUAAAAGGGAUGUGGUGAGUGCAGUUGCGUGGAACCAGCUCAGGAAGCAGUGGGCAAGCGCGGGUGGCGAUGGAACUGUGGUCGUCUGGGGGCUUGAACAAUGA